GAAACUAAAAGUUGGAGAGGGGAUCGGCAGUUUGCACGAAAAUCUCUGGCGGAGUCUUGAGCACGACAGAUCCCACUGGAAUACAGAGAACGUCAGUUCUAUCCCUGAAACAACAGGGAACUCCAUUUAUCUCAAUACCAAUAAUCCAUUAUUCCAAUGACAAUUAUUUAACUUACCCCCCAGUUCUCCAAGUGUUCCACACUCAAAAAAUUUAAAAACAAAACUAGUGAACAGUUUUUACUUUUAAGUGGAAAUCAAAGGGUGAAUAAUAGAGACGAAAAUGACGACCAUAGUAGCUAAUUUGAUACAUGGGUACAGGGACCUCAUGGACAACAAAUCAGAUCCCAGAGUGGCCCACUGGGCAAUGAUGAGCAGUCCUCUACCAACAAUGGCGAUAUGCAUAUCAUAUGCCUAUUUCAGCAGAGUCAUUGGCCCAAGAAUGAUGGAGAAUCGUAAACCAUUCAACUUGCGUAGGAUACUCAUUGUCUACAACUUCAUUCAGACAAUAUUUUCCUCGUGGAUUUUUUAUGAGAUGAAUCUAAUUAAUGAAAUUAUGCCGUUUCAGGUGCAAUUUGUGUUGAUAAUGGGUCACCAGUUCCAGCUCCUCUUCACCGAGUGCAACUACCCACGUAGCUUUAUGAUCUGGAUUGGUCUCCACGGUGUUCUAUUCCUCGGUCUAUUCUCCGAUUUUUACAAAGAGAAAUACAUCGGCCAGGACUCUAAGCGUCGUCAAAACCCCGGCGCCUGCAUGCCAGUUCUCGAAGAGAGUGAUACAAAUUUGAAGCAAAAUGGUGUAUCAACGUACACAACAAUCUACAAUAAGGAGUACAACAGUUGCUACAGCAAUGGAACCAACAAUGGCUACGUUGCCAACAACAAUGAGAAGAAAUUGGCUUAAUAACAUUGACAAUUUCCUAAUUUUUCUCAUCAACCAAUGAUUUACAUUUUUUUUUCUCUUUCUUUUUAUUCUUUUGCCGAAGGAAUAAUUCAAAAGGAGGAGCAUUCGAGAUUAAGGAAAAUAUAACGAACAAUCAGUCAUGAAUUUUCUUCCUUGCCUCGAUUUAUCAAUCAUUAUUGAUGUUUUUUUAUGCGCUUUAAUCACGCUACGACAUUAAUGCGUGUUUUAUUGCCCCAUGGCAACAUCUGAGGACGUACUCUUCCUUAUUUUGUUGUUCCAAAGGACAAUUUUUUCAUGAAUGAGUGAUGAAUGAAUGGAAUAAACGUGUUUAUAUAUAUUUUUUUUCUUUUUUUUUCCAGCGGAUAUUGUGUGAGUCAGGGAAGUAGAGGGGUUUAUCUUUUUCAUCGAUAUUGAGAAUGUAGUAUUUAUAUCAUUUAGAUGAAUGUAAAAUAUUAUUUGGCAGAUUUAUUCAGUAAUACGACGAAAGAUGAGAUGCAGCCAAAAAAAAUCAAUAAAAUAAUGAUACAGUCUUCGGCGUUUAUUGUCGCUUUGAAAUAGUUGAAAUUGAGGAAAAUGAUAAUUUAUGGAGAAUAAUGUGAAUCAAGAGAAUGCUGGAGAUUAUUGGAGCCAGUCCAAUUGGAGAAUGUUUUCAUGCUAUGGAUUUAGUUGUACCGAUUGGAGCAUUAAUUAGUGAAAGUGGUAAAACUUUUAGGGGAGUUUAGGGGGUAAUGUUGAUGAUUGUCUUUUAAUAUUCCCCCCUGAGGCCUUUUAUUGAUGAAAUUACUGGUCGUUUGCAAAUUGUACCUACGAUGUUUCGGCUUGAGUCUGUUUUAUCACUUUUUCUUAUCAAA